CUACCCAGCCUGACAGCCGAUCCAGUGCAGCAUUCCCGUUUCCAAACGCACAGGAGCGCCGCUUUUUCCAUCGCGCUGCCCCAUCCAGACAUUCACACCGGUGGGAACACGCUGAUAAAAAACAAGCCCUCAAACAUGUCUGUGGGAAAUGACUUUGGAAACCCUUUAAGGAAAUUCAAACUCGUCUUUCUUGGAGAGCAAAGCGUGGGGAAGACUUCCCUGAUCACACGCUUCAUGUACGACAGCUUUGACAACACGUAUCAGGCGACAAUUGGAAUCGAUUUCCUGUCAAAAACCAUGUAUUUGGAGGACAGAACGUUGGGGGUCUCUGACUUGCAGGUUCGGUUGCAGUUGUGGGACACAGCAGGCCAGGAACGUUUCAGGAGUCUCAUUCCGAGCUAUAUAAGAGACUCCACCGUAGCUGUGGUGGUGUAUGACAUCACAAAUGUGAAUUCAUUCCAGCAAACUUCCAAAUGGAUCGAUGAUGUGAGAACGGAGAGAGGAAGUGAUGUCAUCAUCAUGCUGGUGGGCAAUAAAACAGAUCUGGCAGAUAAGAGGCAAAUCACGAUUGAGGAAGGCGAGCAGCGGGCCAAGGAGCUGAGUGUGAUGUUUAUCGAGACCAGUGCCAAGACAGGCUACAAUGUCAAACAGCUGUUUCGACGUGUGGCAGCUGCCCUUCCAGGAAUGGAGAGCAUGCAGGAGACAAGCAAAGAAGGCAUGAUUGACAUUAAAUUGGACAAACCACAGGAGCCUCCAACUACUGAGGGCGGAUGUUCCUGUUAAUAGCUCACUUCUGAUUUACAGCAUCAUCUAAACCACAUGCUUGUUGUGUUGCUUCCUCUUGGUUAGCUUCCAGUUGUGUUUUCAGAUUGGAUAUUUGGCCUUCCCAUCUGACUUUAGUAACUGGUUGGAAUCAGUGUUACAUCAAUUUCAACUGUAAAAUAGUAUACUUUAGUAACAAAAUUGCCAAAAAUCCUAAAAAUUCGAAAAGUAAAGGGCAAAAAUCAACAAAAAUGUAGACUAUGUCCAACAUAUAUACUUUUUGAAAAUGUAGAGAGGUAGAUGUUUUCUUUGUUUUGUAUUUUUGUAUACAAGGAUGAGCACUAAAACGGAUGCAGACAAUAAAUUCUAUAAUUUUGCCAUAAAAAGCAGGAUUUCAAAAGCAAGAGGGCAAUUCAAACAACUAAUAACCCACAAAAUACGGAAAACAUGCAUGUUAGCCAUUUUAAAAGUAUCAUCUCAAUCCUGCUGGCUACUGUGCACAAGAUUAUGUGAAUGCGUAUGUUUUUUCUGACUCGUUGCAGUUCGUGAAGUCAACUUAUUUUAGCCUUUUUUCUUGCUGUGACAGAACUUGAAAUUGUAAGUUUCAGGCCAAGUGAGUUUGUGUAAAUGUGUCAUUUCAGAUCCUUUAAAACCUUUCCACAAUAUGUGUGAUUUUUAUUUUUAUUUUUUAAAUCUGUCUAUGUACAAUUUAUGUCUUAAUUACACGGUUUAUUGAAUGUUUACAGCAUAGUUUUCUUCAGAAUUUCCUGUUCACAAUGAAAGCAAACAGCUUGUGCAAACAACCCGAUAACAAGAAAGGAUUCUCUUUCUUUGGUGGAAUGUUUUUUUAUUCUUUAACUAAAUUAGGGCAUUUAGUGUAUUGCAUAUAGUUGCAAGAACAUGAACAUGACAGAGGAGCAAAUCAUGCAUCUAAACUUGUUCAUUCAUAUUUAAUUGACUGGGAUAAUUCGUUUGCACGCUGGCAGUUUCCACACUGAUUCAUCAAACAGUCUAAUUCUAUUGUAAAUAUAUCAGCUGUCAUUUUCAAACAGGCUUUAAUAUCAGAAAUGCAAAGAUGGGACAUUCCUCCAAAAAUAACUGUAGUUCACUUUUAAGAAUUAGCAUUAUGCAGCAUUAUAGUGUUUGCCUUGUGUAGAAACCCACUCAUGUCUACAGCUGCUCUUUGGGCCAGUAAAUUGUAGUGCACUGACCAGGGGGACACACAUUGUGUAGUGUAUCAGUUUAUUUGAAAUGUAUUUCAUGUGAAUCCUAAAUGCACUUUUUCAAGAAAGGAAGAUGUAAAUGUUUCAAAAUUGCUGUCAAACGUCUGUCCUUGAAACCACUUUAGAGUUCAAACUGUAGCGUACAUCUCUGUGAAAAUCUCUCGAGGGUCACUGUACAGAUAAACUAUUUGUAAAUUUGCUUCACAUAACGCCAGAUACGAGUCAAGACUAGCUAUUUGUGACAUUGAGGAAUUGUGAGUAGGAGCACAUGACAUUAGCGCCCCGAAUCCAAGUGAAAUGUUGAAAUGCCACUUUUUUUCCUACUAAAUCCAGCAGCAUUUAAUUGGAAUGGAAGGUGAACUCCACUGAACUGAUUGACUCGUAUCAAACCCUUUGCUUUCUGCUUUUGGAUAGUUUGGAAUCUUAAAGCGAAGAUCAGAUUUGUCUGUGCCAAUGCUUUCUCACAUCACAGAGAGGUUCAGAUAGAUGUCACUUAAUGGAAGCUGGAAGGGGGUAUUUAUUGGUUUUGUUUACAUUUUAUUUUCUGUCUUCUCAAAAGAGGUUCUCAUUUGAAUUUAAUGGGGUGCAGAUCCGCGCCUUGUGUGAAAUCAUAUCAUCAGUGUACCUGUACCAUUGUGAUUGACACAACGCUACAUCAGCCUUGGGUGAAUGUCUGUGCGUGAGUUGAGUUAUGCUUUUAAGGGUGCAACCAUUCCCUGUGUAUAUGUUUUAUGUUUUAGCUCAGUGGAGCCAGCCUGAUUGAUUCAGAGCUAGCUUUACCAUUCACACUGUAUAGAAAUCUAGCAUGUUGGUCCAAAUCAGUAAAAUCAAUAAAAGUGUCUUAUUACCAAAAAA